GUAUAUAAUGCUCGCCAAUGAACCAUAUCAAUCACAUUCGUUUUGUGAGUUCAUCUGACAAGGUGUUUAAGUGAAUUUUAUCAGUUCAACGACUACCAGACAUAAAAAAUGGCAUUUACAAAGUCAGUUCUAUUUUUGGUCAUUGGAAGUGUUGCUAGUUUGUCCAGAGCCGCCAUCGUUCCCGCUCCAUACGCCGUUUCUCCAUAUGCUUAUCCCGGAGCAUUGCCUUAUGCCGCAUCUCCGUAUUUUGCACAACCAGCUGCAGCUCUGCCAUACCCAUUCCCAUACAAAGCGCCACUUUAUCCAGCACCCGCCGCCGCAAUCAGAGCCGCUCCUAUUGCUGCUUAUCCAGCUCCAGCUAGAUUAGCUCCCGUAGCUGCUGCCCCUGCUGUUGUUCGAGCUGCACCAGCCGUAGCUGCUGCUCCUGCCCCAGUCGUACCAGCAGCUCUACCAGCUCCAGUUCCAGCUGCCUUCCCAGCCGUCCGAUUGGACGAAGCUGAUGCUUAUCCACAAUAUCAAUACGCUUAUACCGUAAGAGACUCGCUUACCGGUGAUGCCAAGGACCAAGAAGAAGUGCGUGACGGUGAUGUAGUAAAGGGUCGAUACAGUUUGAUCGAACCCGAUGGUAGCCGCAGAACAGUGAGCUACUAUGCCGAUGACGUCAACGGAUUCAACGCCGUAGUACAGAAGGACUUACCAGUAGCACCAGUUUUACCAGCAGUAGCACCAGCUGCCGUAGUUGCAAAAUGAACUAUACGACAAUGCUAACUAAUUGCCCUUACAUUACCAAUAGAUUUCUUAUAAUAUGUGUAAUUCUUGUUGUAUAUAGUCGAUCUUUCCUUUUAUAAAUAUAUUAUAAUAGUUUCUUCCAUA